AUGCUAACUAGGAAGUCGCACCAUGCUUUCUGUGGUCUAAUAACUGUUAGAACGUCUACACUUAUAUACUCCACUACUACAUUCUUGACAUACGCAGCAUCGGCAUACGCUGCUUUCAAUCUACUCACAUUAUCCUGUCCUCACUGCACUACUUCACCCUCAAAUAGCCACCAGCCAUCGAACAUCUUAGAUAGCGCCGACGCUCAAGCAAGGUUCGGGGCUAGGAUACUGAUAGUUUCUAUAUGGUAUGCUAUCACAAUGGUAGUAGGAUCUUCUUUCGGCAUCUGGGGUGUUGUCAAGGAGAAUAUACGGAAUCUGAAGCUUUUCAGAUUAAUGCACGCUAUAGACGUUAUACUAUCAUUCCUAGUUACAUUCGUUGAUUUUGUCUGUGACUCGCCUACCAGACUUGAAAGUAACAAUUGCUGGGAAAUCUGGAAAUCAUCUGUUUAUAGAUUCAUCGGAUUGAUGCUCAUCAUUAUCAUUUUUAAGAUCUAUUUACUUGCAUCUACACACAUCUAUAUUAGGCAAUGUCAAUUAAAGCAACGCAAAUUGAGACCUAGACCUUCAAUCGUAUUAGUUCCACCACCACCUUCAUCAAACACUAGACAACUAACUGGCUACAUUGUGGCUUCACCAACUACAACCAAACAUAAGAAAUCUCACUCAAUCAGACAAGCCAGCGUUGAUGUUAGCAAUGGCGGUCCAAUAGCUCUAGCAAUAAGGCCGGAUGAAGGUCUUUUACCUCAUGAACGUAGCUACUCAGAUGAAGUUGAGCUUUAA